AUGGAAAAACAUACAAAUAAUAUACUAAUAACACAGUUUACAUUCAAACGUCGAUUACUACCAAGAAUAUGCAUAAGUGUAUUUAUUCUUCUUUACAUUUUUCCAUCUCUUUAUAAGGAGUUUUAUUCGUAUUCUUCGUCUAGUAAAUUUCUUUCAUUACAAACAAAGAAAAUUUUUGAACAUUUACAACCAUUUUAUUAUCCAGUAUCAUGUCAAAAGCUAUUUGAAAGUGAUUCAAAUGAGUUCAAAUAUGUUCAAACACUUUUAUCAACUUCAAAAUCUCAAAAAAAUAUUUCCGAUAAUCAAUACAACAUAACAAAAGAACAAUGUGAUAUUUAUCGUUCUGAACGAUUUGAUCAGUCAUUUCAUCAUGAAGACAUAUUAAUUAAUCGACAGUUUCCAUUAGCAUUUAAUAUUCUCUUACAUGAUAAUGUUCAACAAUUUGAACGUCUUUUACGUCUUAUAUAUCGUCCACAAAACUUCUAUUGUGUACAUGUUGAUAGUAGUGCAUUAUGGAGUGUAUUUGAAAGUGUUAAGUCAAUUGUUCAAUGUUUUGAUAAUAUUUAUUUAGUAAGUAAACGAGAAGAAGUUACUUAUGCAACAUUUUCACGUUUACAAGCUGAUAUUAAUUGUAUGAAUGAUUCAAUAAAAUAUUCAUCAUGGAAAUAUCUAUUGAAUAUAGCUUCGUCAGAAUUACCAUUAAAAACAAAUAGUGAAUUAGUUAAGAUAUUGUCGAUCUAUCAAGGUCAUAAUGAUAUUGAAGGAGUACGGGAAAAGAGAAAUAUGGAGCGAACUGAUUAUGUUUGGCAAACACUAAAUAAGACUGGCGAUCGACAUGGAUUCUAUUUAAAAAAUACAGGAAUAAAAAAACAACCACCAUCAGACAAUUUACUAAUUUUUAAAGGAUCAGCUUAUGGUGCUUUUUCUCGUGCAUUCGUUGAAUUUGUUCUAACAAAUGAAGUAGCAAAACGAUUGUUGGAAUGGUCACGUGAUACAUAUAGUCCAGAUGAACAUUAUUGGGCAACAUUAAAUUACAAUCCACAUUUGAAUACUCCUGGUGGUUAUAAAGCAAAAACUGAUCCAGCUAUUUGGACUGGUCGUUAUGCUAACUGGGGUGAAAGUCGAUGUUAUGGACAGAUAAUACGUGGUGUUUGUGUAUUUGGUUCUCUUGAUUUACCAUCUCUACUCAAUCGACAUGAGCUGAUUGCUAAUAAAUUUUAUUUACAUACUGAUCCAAUUGCUUAUCAAUGUUUAGAAGAACUUAUUUUUAAUAGAUCGAAACUUGAUUUACCAUUAAAUGAUGCAACAUUCUAUCGGCGAAUGCCGUUUUUAUUGCCAUCCUAA